AGAAUCCGCCAUAUUCAAACUUCCGCCGUGGUGUGUGUUCUGUUGUCACCGAUCUUCUGCUUUCUUUGUACACAUCGGGCCGUUUUUCAUCCGACUGAGCUCUGUUUUCGUUCGUUUAGCCAUAAAUAUCUUAGUAAAAACUGAUCUCGAAACGAGGCCUCCUGCCAAAUGGAAGAAAAUGAAGAAGUUCGAGGGUGGACGGUGGGAAAGAAGAAGCCGAUACUUCGCAGGAUGUCAUCGAGGACGUCCACCACCAGUGUCACUAGCGCCGCGGAGCCCUCUCCGCAGCCACACCGGAUAAACCCCAAGAAACCUCCUCUGCAGAGAGGCAGCUCCUUCACCUUCCGCACUCCUGGGACUCCGUGGGACUUCAGCCUCAAGAGAAAGCGCAAAGAGAAGGAGGAUGACACAGUCAGUCUGUCCAGCUUCGACCUCAAGGAACCCAGUACCAAGCGUAACCGCCCCCUGGCUAAAGUUUCAUCGCUCGUCAACUUGAUCUCUCCAUCAAAGAAUGGAGCGGUGCGGCGCUUUGGUCAGACCAUCCAGUCAAUGUCACGUGGCGACAGCAAGUCACCAGGGACGUCCCUCAAAGCCGGCAGCAAGACAGCGGGUCCCACUCCCACCAAACGCAGAAACAGCACGCUGUGGUCAGAGACACUGGAUGUCCAUCAGAAGAGCACCUUCUCUACCAAAGAAAUCAAGAGACAAGAGGCAAUUUAUGAGCUUUUCAGGGGAGAGCAAGAUCUCAUAGAGGAUCUCCAACUUGCACGAAAGGCAUACCACGAUCCCAUGUUAAAACUCUCCUACAUGACCGAGGAAGAAUUGGCUCACAUAUUCGGGGACCUGUAUGCAUACAUCCCCUUACACGAGGAUUUACUGAUGAAACUGACGGAGGGAACUGGCCCCGAUGGAACAGUAGCGCAGAUUGGACAGAUAGUCAUUGACUGGCUGCCUGGUCUGAACGCUUACAAAGGCUAUUGUAGCAAUCAGCUGGCGGCAAAAGCCCUGCUGGACCAGAAAAAGCAGGACAAGCGCGUCCAGGACUUCCUGCAGCGGUGCCUGGAGUCGCCAUUCAGUAGGAAGCUGGAUCUUUGUAGCUUCCUCGACAUCCCGCGGUCACGCCUCGUGAAAUACCCGCUGCUGCUGCGAGAGAUCCUCAAACACACUCCUGCCGAACACCCAGACAUCCCCAGCCUGGAGAGAGCUAUCACCAUAAUCCAGGAGAUUCUGUCUGAUAUCAAUGUGAGAAAGGGGGAGUCUGAGUGUCAGUAUUACAUAGACAAACUGGAGUAUCUGGAUGAUAAGCAACGGGACCCUCUCAUUGAUAACUGUAAGAUUCUACUUUGUCACGGCGAGCUGCGGAACAAAAGUGGCUCGAGGCUCCAUGUGUUCCUCUUCUCCGAGCUGUUGGUUCUGACCCGGCCAGUGACCCGGAAUGACAGGAGCUGCUUCCAGGUUUAUCGACAACCCAUCCCUAUUCGGGAUUUGUCUCUGGAGGACCUGCAGGAUGGAGAGAUCCGCAUGGGGGGCUCCUUCAGAGGGGCUUUCACCAAUGGCGAGAAAGCCAAGAAUGUUUUUCGUGUGAGCUCUGUGGAUCCCUCCCAUGGCCAGUCCCACACCCUGCAUGUCAACGAUGUCUACCACAAGCAGCAGUGGCUCAACUGUCUACGCAGUGCAAUGGCCCUCCAACAGGAAGCUCCACUCGGCGCUCAGCAGGAAGGAGCCAGAAGAGCCAAGCGUCGCUCCUCCACCAUCUCAGUCACCAUCUGUGACGAGGAGACGGAUGAGAACUGCCCGCCCGUCUGUGGCCCUAAACUCAGGCCUCAGACGCUCUCCAAAACCAGAUUGAACCAGAAGUUACAAGGCUCACUAAAGAGGAAGGAGACUGGAGUGUAGACAUUGAGCACAGCACCUGGUUCCUGUUAAACAGAGAUGAAACAAGAGUCCUGUGAAACAAGAGUCCAGUUUUGUCUCGUCUGUCAGUGAAUUUCCAUGCAACCACUGUUUUUGUGCUUUUGCUUUCAUUGUAGCCGCACUGAAAAGGUCUCUUCAAUCAUAUCCGUCCAAAUGUAUUGUAAAAAUUAUAGUCUUUGAAAAGUGUUAUUAGUUUACAAAACAAAAAAAAACAAUGUGUCAGUGUUACUGAAAUAUGUUUAUACCAGAUAAUUGUGUGUGGAAUUCCAUUGGAUUCUAUUUCUAUUUACAUGUUACAUGAACAGCUUCAUACCACUUGUAGUUCCUGAAAUUGAGUUUCAACCUCUCAUCUAGUGUCAACACAUCUUUCUGCUGAAAAUGUCAAUUCAUACAAGUGUAUAGUUGUAAGUGCUAUCGGUGCCAAGAUAAGGGAUCAGGGAACUAAGACACUGAUGGCCGCAGCUUUCUGUGCAGCAAGCCUUUGCGCAAGAGAACUUCAGCUUUUUUGAGAUGAGGUGCAAGAUUAUGAGCUGAACAUUUAUACAAACACUGAUGAUGAACACGAUUAAAACGUAUCUUGGAAAAUGUAGAUGUAUUCGGAGAAAAACUGUUGAACGGAAAAUGAUAAAGCAUUUAGUUUGUACACUCAA